AUGAAAAAAGCUAUUAAGAGCAUUUUGCCAAGUACUCGUCAUCGCUUUUGUUCUUGGCAUGUUAGAAAGCAUAUUGCCAAGCAACAAGUAAAGUUGAAGAGCCAAUACGGGGAUGAGAUGCCUACAUAUUUCAACAAUUGGUAUUCUGGUAGAAGUAUAAGCAAAUGCGAAGAGCGUUGGGAAGUCAUAAAGGUUAAAUUCAACAUAAAUGAAGGUGAAGAUAGUUGGCUGACAAGAAUGUAUAGCUUGCAUGAACAUUGGGUAGAUGCAUACUUGAAGGACUGUUUUUCGGCGGGAAUGACAACAAGCCAAAAGAGUGAGAGCACCAAUACCUUUUUCGAUGGCUUUGUCAAUGCAAACACUAGACUUGUUGAGUUCGUUGGUCAAUAUGACAAGGCAUUAGCAUCUCGUCGUGCAUCAGAAUCUCAUGAGGACUUCAUGACUUUGAACACCCUACAUGCGAUGAGCUUCUCAAAUCUGAUUGAAGAGCAAGUUGGAAAGAUAUACACUAGGGCGAUCUUGAAGAUGUUCCAAAGGGAGCUUGGUGAUGUGAUGUCAUUACAUCGUGAAGAAGUGUCAAAGGAAGAGUUGAAAGUUGUAUACUUGGUUGGAAAAUAUUUUGAAGACAAAGAGAAUUGGGAAGAAUUAACCUAUGACAUAAAUAGUGAGCUUAAUGUUGCAUGCACUUGUUCAUUUUGGGAAAAUGAAGGAGUGCUUUGUAAGCAUAUACUAAAUAUAUUGUGGUUAAACCAAGUGACUUCUAUUCCCGAUAGGUAUAUCUUGCCUAGAUGGAAAAUUGAUGCAAGGUAUAGAGAUUUUGGCUUUGCUAAUGCUAUGAAGUUGCAACAAAAUGAUGAUAGCAUGGAGCGGGGAAGUAUUAUAAGAUUAUGGGCUUUAAGAGGAAAUUUUAAUGAAUCACUUGAUAUGGUAGUGGGCUCGAAUGAUCUUCUUUCAAAGUUGGAGCUACAAAUAUCAAACUUCCUUGGAGAAGCAAGGGAGGAAGCAAGGCGCAAUAUGGCACAAACUAUAGAUUCUCAAGUUGAGACCCAUGUAGAUUCAAAUACUCAUGUGCUUCUAUUGAAAGAUGGUGAGGAAAUUAUGGUUCGUGAUCCCCUCGGCCCUGUGAAACCAAAAGGACGCCCGAAAAAUUCAAAUAGGACUAAAAGUGGCUUUGAAGAAUCAGAAAGGCGAAAAGAGCUGCUGCUGACUUUAAUUAUAUUGUUCAUGAGAAAGUAUUCAGUGGAGAAAAUGAAGCAAGAACAACACCAUUCUGUUGUGGCGUAUACGGCAUUGUUGUAUGCCUUUUAA